AUGGAUACGCACAUUGAAAAGCGUCGAUUUUUUAAAGCUUUUCACAACAUCGGUUAUAUUUGGACAGAUAGUUCACCUGUCUCAUUUCGUUCAAUGCCCAGUCAUACAUUUGAUUUCACAUCAGUUGAAUGUUUGUCAUUAAUGAAUGACAAUUACGAUAAUGAAGAACGUAUUGAUAUUGUUGUUGAAGAAGCUUCAGAACAACAACAACAACAACAUACUGAAAUUACAUCAACCCAAAUGAAGUAA